GUGAGUAUGAUGAUUAGGGAGAAAUUAAAUCCACUACAUUGCAAGUCAUUUUCUAGCACAGGAUUAAUAAAGGGAAGGGAGUGUUUGGGGAUGUGUGCUAAUAAGGUACAUAAAGGAAUAGGAGCUAGUAUAAGGGUAUAGCCGUAGGGGGAUAGUGCGAGUAUCUUUAGGGGAGGUCAGCACUCAGCACAACACAAGCACAAGGCACAGCAUGCUUUACUUCCUGUGCUAAACAACCUUAUUUUUAUGAGACUUGAGGUUGCGUGCAUUGUGCUCUAAUUCCGUUCCUGUUUUGUGUUCUUGGGUUGGUUGGUUUGGCCAAGGGGAAUCUCUCUGGUUUUUAUCACCACUCUGUCUCUCUUUUUUUUUUUUUUUUUCCUCUCUCCUUUAAAAGAGGAAAGACAGAGAGAAAGAGAAAGAGAGCAGGAGAACCCACUAAGCGUGCAAAUAAAAGACUUAAAGCAAAGCUAAGAUUACAAUCCCAUGCUAUUAUAGCUCCCUCCACCUUUGCUUUGCCUUGCUUUUCGGGUGUGUAUUUCUCUUCCUUCCUUCCUUUCUCUCUUGGUGGGGUUUACGUUGAGCUGUGAUAAUACUUGCGCGUUCCUCCUUCUGCUACCAACGUUUUGCAGUGCCCAAAACCUUAAAAACCUUUUAAGUUUUCCAUUCUGGCUGUUCGCUCGGACUCUCACACUUGUCGCAAAGAAGCCCUUGUUUCUCACAAUUACAAGAUGUGGUAUUUUGCGGAUUUAAGCUGCGACUAGACCUGUAACUCGGUGGGGGUUCUAGAGUUUGUUUCUGUUUCUUGCAUAUAUAUAUAUAUAUAUAUUUGGUGAGUGAUAUUUGAGCUAGGAGGAAUCUUCCUUUUGAGUGUGGUGUGAACAAAAGAUGAAUGAAAGGUCAAGAGACGAGGCAUCUCCUCAGCUGUUAGAUUUGAUCUCAAACGAGAGAGAGUGGCAGAUGAACAAGAGAAACGAAGGAAAGUCCUCAGAAGAAAGAAAACUCGAACUCAGGCUUGGUCCACCUGGUGAAGACUGGUCUCUGGGUGGUAAAAUGAAGAACAACAACACAGAAAGAGAAGAUCAAUCUCUUCUCUCUCUUGGUUGCUUCUCUCCUAACAUUAACAGUAAUGCGUUCCAAAGCAAGGCCUCUCAUCCAUGGCCAAACUACCACCACCAUGGCCAGGGUAACAACAAAAAAGCCUCUUCUUCAUCAUUUCUUCAGUUCCCAUCAUCAACCCAACCUGUGAUGAUGGGAAAAGAUGCUUCUUGCCCUAAGGUGGUGGUAGAGUUGCAGCAGAAUGGUGGUGAUGGCAAAGUGUUCUCUCCCUCUUCUGCAAAUACAGCUGUGUCCCAGCCUAACACCUCUCAGAAAAGAACUGCUCCUGCUCCAGUGGUGGGGUGGCCCCCAAUUCGUUCAUUCAGGAAGAACCUUUCAAGCAGCAGCAGUGCUUCUAAGCCACCACCACCUCCUGAGUCUCAGGCUGAGCAGCAGCACAACAAGGUUGCUGGUAAAAAACCUGUUGACAACUAUGCUAAUAAUAAAGGUUUGUUUGUCAAGAUCAACAUGGAUGGUGUUCCAAUAGGGAGAAAAGUGGACCUCAAUGCUUACGACAGCUAUGAAAACCUCUCUUCUGCUGUGGACGAGCUAUUCAGAGGUCUUCUUGCUGCUCAAAGAGAUUCCUCUGCUGGUGGGGUUCACAACAAGCAGGAGGAAGAGAAAGCAAUUACGGGGUUAUUGGAUGGAAGUGGAGAGUUUACUCUUGUUUAUGAGGAUAAUGAAGGAGACAGGAUGCUUGUUGGGGAUGUGCCAUGGCACAUGUUUGUAUCAACAGUGAAGAGGCUACGAGUGUUGAAGAGUUCUGAGCUUUCUGCUUUUACCCUAAGCAGGACAAGAUACCACUUGACUCAGCAAUGAAAUGAACAGCGGUUUGAGGUUUUUGUUCACCUGCUGAAACUCGAAGACUCAUCUAAUUUGAAGUUUUGGUUCUUUUGUCUGAUGAAAAGAUCAUGGAAUGAAGCUAGUUGCGUACAUUACAACUAAGUAAUGUGAUGAAUGUGUCUUUUUUUUAAUGAAGAUUUGAAAUGUUUAUGGGUUGUAUAAAUAGGGAAGGGAAACUUCACGGAUGUGUGUACUUAUGAUUUACUGUUGAGUAACCGUUAACUUGUUUUGGUUUGUAUUUUGAAGUCCCUUUUGUAGGUGCGGUUUUUCAGGGUCUUAAUAAUUUUCACUUCGUCAUGGCAAAGAGUUAAAUUUGGGACCUGUAAAAAUAUGGUUUUAUUUGCUGGAA